CCCGUUUCCGCGCUCCCGCGGUUUGCUGGUCACGUGGCUCUCCCUGCUCCAAUGGAACACCUGCAACUCCGGUCCAAAGCGCGUACCCGGCAGCGGAGGAACGGAGAGACACAAGGCGGCAGAAACACACAAACUGCGCCAAUUAACCGGGUUAUCUGCAAACACUGCGAACAGCAAGCAUGUCAGAGGAGAAGCCGAAGGAGGGAGUAAAGACCGAGAACGAUCACAUCAACCUCAAGGUUGCAGGGCAAGAUGGGUCUGUGGUCCAGUUCAAAAUCAAAAGGCACACACCGCUCAGCAAGCUUAUGAAGGCAUACUGUGACCGACAGGGCCUCGCAAUAAGGCAGAUCAGGUUCAGAUUUGAUGGCCAGCCUAUCAAUGAGACGGAUACACCUGCACAGCUGGAGAUGGAAGAUGAAGACACCAUAGAUGUUUUCCAGCAGCAGACAGGCGGGCACUGCUAAGCCCUCCCCACCUCAUUGACGGCCACCCUCAGACCACGCCCUCAGCCACUUUCACUGUCCCUCCCCAUCGCUCCUCUCAGCCUAUUAUUAUUAUUAUUAUUAUUAUCAUUAUCAUUAUAAAUAUAAUAAUGAUAAUUAUUAUUAUUAUUAUAUCUUCAGUUUCAAGAUGUCUGUCAUGGUUUUUCGUCAGGUGUAUGGGGGGAGGGGGCUCCUCAGCUGUUAAUGUACUGUCUCAGCCAGGACCGAACUUUUGUGCGUGUCAACAGUCUCUCCGCUGGCCAAUCAGGACAACAUUUCCUUCUGGCAACGCAGGCUGUGAUUGGACCAACAGCACGUCACCGCUGUUCCUGGUCUGUCAGCGCUUCUCAUUCGCUCUCCAGUGAAAGCUUAGUAUCCAGUAGUUUGUCAAGGUUUUCAUCCAUCGGGGUCAAAUGCAAGGCUCUGCCAGUUUUUGUCCGGGGUCACAGUCAGUGGGCAUGAAAAUGGUUUGAAGUGGAAGCACUAUCUGAACUUAAUACACACGGGCCGCCUUCCAUUUCACUUCGCUUUUAUGUGUUUUUUUUGUCUGACUGGUGGCUCCUGCUCUUCUGUCAAAAGGGUAUUUUAAUUCUGUCUGCAUUUUAGAUGCUUUUGCUAAAGAGUUCUGCAAUGCUUUUGUAUUUUUUUGAUUUUUCUUUUAAUAAUUAACAACCAGGGAGCUUGUUGAUUUUCCUGUACAGAAGUAUCGGAGUGAGCAUUAGAUAAAAGUUGAGUUGCUUGGACCAAUACUCCAAAGACCGAACUUCUGUUUCAUAUUUGAUGUACUUGGAUCACUCUAACGGCAAACUGCAAGGUCAAAACAGUCACAUUUUAAGGGAGUUUGUAUUUCAUUGAUGUUAUUUGCUUCUUCUUUGAUCUCUACUAAUUGAGAAAGGUUGUGGGUAUCCGUGGACAGACUUUUAUGCGCUCAUCAAGACAAAUGCCUAUUCAGGGGAGGGAAAUUUAAUUUAUCCUUUGAUUGAGAAGAUAAGGGUCUGGCUGUGUAAGAUAGUCUCUUUAUGUAGAAUACAUUACUUUGUUUUCUGAUGAAGCGGGCCAGUGGCCAGUCCCUAUGGUAUUCUUACAAGUCACUCUGCUUGUGGGUUUUUACAUUUUGGGGUGUGAAAGUAGUGGGUGGGCUGUGGGUGGGACUGACUGGAAUGAUUGUUCCUCAACGCUGUUCUGGGGUCAGCUGUCUCAUCUCUGUAUUGUCAUAGCCAAUGUAGGCUGAUGAGACAACUGAUUUAACAUGUGUUUUUGAAGAGGAGCAGAUUCCAGUUGAGCAGGGAUUUCAAACAACAGUCAGUAUGGUUUUGUUAAUGAAUUUUGAAGACACUUUUCACUGCCAUGUCAGCUGCCAAGCUGUUUUCUUGCGCUUAAAAUUUAGACGUUUCAGGCCAUUUAUUCAAAAGCCUGACUGCAGUGCUGCACACGGUGAGAUCCCAAGUGGUGACGAGUGUCUUCAAUAUUUUACAGUUCAGACUAGGAUGCAUGCAGUUUGUUGCAUAUUGGGAGGGCAGGGAGGCCAACAAAUGGAGUUGGGAAAAUAGUGUUCUAUACCCACAGGGCCCCGUUCUCUGUACGUAGAUAACAGAUUUGACUUGAUUUGAUUGACGGCCAGACGUGAGCUUGGAUGUUUCAGUUCAGUCAGGAUGUCAGCUGUUAAAGUAAGAAGUCCUCGAGCUCCAAUCCUGCAAAAGUGCAACUUUAUUCAGAGUGAGUUGGAUCAUAAUCCAUUUAAGUUGACCAAUUUGUUUAUUUUCAGAUGAAGCUAGCUCUCCGGAGACACUAACUGAUAAGUAUUGUCAUCACUGAACGGGGUUUAAGAAAUACAUCCUAAAAUACUUCAGUACAAUAAAAUACGCAAUUAUAGUCAAUAAAUCAAACUUAUUUUGACUCGCUGUACUGCAACCUGCUGAGAUAUUCACCACUGUCCACUCUGGCCUCAAUAAAUAUAAAAUGACA